AUGCCAAAACACGUCGUCUUCGAUGUCGUAGGCACACUAGUCUCCUACGACGCCUUCUUUGCCAACAUUGAAAAAGUACUGGGUCCUCGUCUCCUCGCCAAAAACAUCACCCCCAAAAUCUUCGGCUUUGCGUGGCUCGAGAGCUCCGAGAGAGAAUUUACCUACUUGUCUAUCUCUUCGCGCUACAAGCCUUACAAACAAGUCUUUAGCUCAAUGUUCUACCGCAUGUUGUGGAUGGCUGGAAUCUCCGAGCCUAGAAGCUUUGCCACUGAUGCUGAGAGAGAUGAAAUGGUUGCUUCGUACUCGACAUUGGUGUUGCGUCCAGGUGUGCAAGAAACCUUUGACUUGUUGAGAUCGGCAGGGUUUCAAGUCUGGGCUUUGUCGACAGGAGACGAAGAGAGAGUGCUAGGAUACUUCCAAAAAGCCGGCGUCGAGUUCCCAAAAAGCAAUUUUAGGUCUUGCGAUGCUAAGGGUGUUGCUAAGCCUGCGCUUGAUGCGUACAGACCACUGUUUGAGAGUUUCGGAGACGAUGAGAAGUGGUUUGCGGCAGCGCAUUAUUGGGAUGUUAGUGCUGCUAAGAUUGUUGGAUUCAAGGGUGCUUAUUGUUCGAUUUUCGAAAAGGAGGAUUGCAAGGAUUUGUUUGAUGUUGAUAUGGAUGUUAUGGCUGAUACGCUACCAGAGAUGGCCAAGAAGAUGAUUGAAGCUUCAAAGUCAUAG